AUGAAAAACUCCUUCGAGCAAGUUCUCCAGACGGUGUCAAGAUCCGAGGUUACCAUGCUCUCAAUCGAGAGAAAGGUUGACGAGAACGCCUCACUGGCUUGUCUACCAGAUUAUGCGACCAAGCAAGAUGUGAUGGAGUUGAAGACGUUGAUGGCUGAUCUGAUGUCUUCAAGCGCCACGGGAACACUGAAGAACAUGGUUUCGAAACCGAGUGCACUGAAGGCCAUCUGCGACAACAUGACCAACCUAGAAACGAUAAGCCGGACGGAUGGAUCUUCUCUGGUCUCGUCAGAGACUACCACAACUGCGCCUGUCUACCAAGAGACGGAUAUACGGUCACAGUUCCGCUGCACUUGCAACCCGCAGCGUAUCCUACGACGACAGAAGCGAUCGUUCGGGGCCGUUUCCUUUGCGAAAGAGGCAGUCACGAGGAGGGCCCAUGUCAUUGGAUGCCCUUUCGCUGCCUUUAACAUACAUGAAACCAAUAGCUGGUCUGCUGGUAUCACGCACAGAGCGUUUCGAGGAUUGAUCGCAGCAGCUGUCGACUUUUCGCUAUCAAUCCCUACCGGGGCCGGUGGAUUUGGAAUAUCUCCUUCAUUUACAUAUUUUCCGAUGCGCGAAAGCAGCCCUGCGUUCCAGGUUGUAGAAAUUUUAUUGCGCGCCCUCAUGCUGAUACGAUGUAAAUCGUCUAAUGAGGAGGGUAACAAAAUGUUUGAGCGAGGUGUUCACACGCUGAAGACAGUUUUUUCGUCUGGGACCUCCUCGCCGUUCGAAAUCGAUGCAAACGGCGACACGUUGCUGCAUGCGGCAUCCAAGGCAAACAAGGGAAUAUGGAAAAACCACCGGCACGAACUUAUCGAAUUACUUUUAACAAUUGGCGUUCCACGGGACCGUCCGAAUGAACAUGAUGAGUGA